AUGGUGGCAGACGAAACAAAUACGACUUUGCAUCCUCCAUCAGAAACAACACCUCUAACAAGAGUUCAUUCCUUGUUGGUCGACUCUCUUCCUUCAAAACGAAUAAGAAUUACACAAGUUGCAUGCGCAAUGCUUUGGUGUCUUUUUGCAGCAGGUCCAGUGUUUGGAUUUGCUGCAUUAAAGCCUGUGCUUAUAUCAGAGGGAGUUUAUGAGCAGUUUUGUUCAGCAGAGGAUAAAAUGUGCGUUGAACGAGACUUGAAGCUCAACAACAUGUUUACAAUUGCAGCUGUGGUCACUAACGCUACCGCUUUUAUUGUUGGUAGAAUUCUUGACACAUACGGACCAAGGGUUACCGGAAUACUUGGCUCAUUCCUUAUAUUUGUUGCUGGUGUACUCCUUGCAAAUGGUGCUGCAAUUACUCGAUUUGAUGCCUACUUAUUUGGAUAUGUUCUUUUAGCAUUCGGUGGUCCGUUUGUUUUCAUUAGCUGCUUUCAGUUGGCCAACUCUUUUCCUGGCCAUUCUGGUUUUGUCCUUGCUUUAUUAACCGGAUCAUUCGAUUCGAGUUCUGCCCUUUUCAUGUUCUACAGAAUUACUUAUCAGCGAGGUAUUGUGACUAAUUUCACUUUACAUAAAUUUUUCAAUGCUUAUUUGAUAGUUCCGGUGUUCAUUUUCUUGUGCCAGGUCUUUAUAAUGCCACACGAAUCAUACAAAACUGUCGAGACACUUGCAAAAAUUGGUGAGACCGGAAUUGAUGAAACAGGACUUCCUAUCGAUGGAAAUGAUUCUAGAUAUGGUUCAGAAGAGGUUGACCAACUUGAAAGAGUCAGAUCGCAUGUUUCAGUUCAUUCAUCAAAGUCUGUCUACGAGGAGAUUGCCGACAAACAACUUUCUGACAAGUCUGGUGGACUUCACAAUAUUUUGAACGGAAAAUCUGUCAUUGAACAGAUAAAAACUCCGUGGUUCUUACUAAUGUGCUUUUUCACUACUAUUCAAAUGCUUAGAAUCAACUACUUCCUUGCCACUGUGCGAUCACAAAUGGAAUGGUACUUUGACAGUCCAAAUACUGCCGUGCAAAUCAACAAAUUCUUUGACGUUGCCUUACCAGUUGGUGGAAUACUUUCAAUUCCAUUCAUUGGACUUAUUUUGGACAACAUGACAACUCUCACAACUCUGGCAAUUCUUCUAGUUGUCUCUACUGUCAUUGGCUUAGCUGGAAUGAUAUCUUUGUUUUCCAUUCAAAUUAUUGGUAUCUGCUUUUUGGUUGUUUACAGACCUUUCUAUUACACUGCUGUUUCGGACUAUUGUGCCAAGGUCUUUGGUUUCAAAACAUUUGGAACUGUUUAUGGAACAAUUAUUUGCUUCUCCGGAAUAUGUAACAUGUUCCAGAGUGUUUUGGAUCGCAUGACACAUUUCACAUUUCACAUGAAUCCUAAUCCAGUUAAUCUCUUGCUUGUUUCGCUAACUGUUAUUUUUGGGGGAUCACUUGUUUGGUUUGUCAAUGGUCAGGAGCAUAACUUGAAAAGACAGUCCGUUAUUCAAGAGGCUAUGGGUUCGUCGGCUUGA